CAUGACGUCAGCAUUUUCAUGGAUCACAGCAGACGAAACAGCUGAGCAAACACUGGUCAGAAUCUUCAAAGAGCGCCCGUUUCUCAUACUGCCGCCGCCGUUCCACCGCAUUCCCCUGCGCGCCGGCAACGUCGUCGAAAUCGUGGGGCCCUCUCCUUCGGCCAAAACCCUAAUCCUCAUCCAGGCGGCGAUAAAUUGCAUUUUGCCUAAAGAGUGGAAGGGCGUGAGCUAUGGAGGGCUGGAGCGCGCUGUGCUAUUCAUCGAUCUGGACUGCCGUUUUGACGUUUUGAGCAUCGCACGAGCUUUGCAGCGGCGAAUCAUCGAUGCUAAUGGGUUAAGAAGGAGCAGCUUGAAGGGAAAUGGAAAUGAAUAUGAUAAAGAGUUGUUUGUUGCAUCCAUGAGGCGUUUCUUGUAUACGCGAUGUUACAAUAGUUUCGAAUUUCUUGCUACUCUUAAGACGCUGCAUCGUCGGAUUCAGCAGGAGAAGGAAAAGGGAGGUAGUGCUGUUUAUAUGCUGUUGAUCGACAGCAUAGGGGCUUUUUACUGGAUGGACCGUGCUCUACCAACUUUAUCAACCGGGAACAACAACAACCGGAAGAGCCUCUCCUUGCAGACGGUGGUUGAAACUGUCGUUCAGGAGAUCCAGAGGCUUCUGGUGGUGCAUCCCAUGCUUGUUUUAGCCACUAAGUCAGCUGCAUUUGGUGAUAAACAGUCGAUAACUGAAGUGAUAAGAAAAAGGCCCGAUGAGAAGACACCGGAUCCAAGAGGUGCUCAAAAUAAACCACAUCGUUGUUUCAUGCCAUCCGUGUGGCAGUCCUUCGUUUCACACAGAAUGCUUCUGCGCGCUUUAGACGGUGAAAGCAAGCAUCAGAACCGGCCUACUUUCUCAGCAGAAUGGCUGCUGCCAUCACUUAACUGCUCAGACCAUUUUACAGUAAACGACGGCUGUCUCUUGAUCCCCAAAUGAAGUGUAGGAGAAAAUACUCAGUAGUCACCAAAAGGUAGCUUUUUUGGCUCCCCUUUCACCAUAUUGUUUGCAUAUGGAAAUAGAAGAAUUGAUCCUCUUGUUAUAAUUUGUUUAUUGCUAGUUACAAGCUUUAGAUAAUUAUGUAUUGUUA